UAUAUUUUACAAUUUGUGAAUUAAUUAUUCGGGCACCAAUAUACCAAUGUUAAAUAAAGUACAGCUUUAUUGAAUACAUUGACGCCCACUGAUAACACAAAGCAGCUCGACAAGAUAAACUUGGAGCAACUUGUCACCGAUGCAGCAUUCGUUAGUACGUUACAUUUGGGAACGUAUGGCGAUUGCUUGGCGAUAUAAAAACAGCCCAAAGAGCUUAUUAUCUACUGUGCUGUUGACAGCAAUGGCAUCAUGGGGCAGCAAGGAGUGAUAUCAACGGAACAGAUCGUUAAACAGCUGCUGGUGGCUGUACCAGAGAGCGGUCUAUGAGCUUUACUGGGUCAGAAUGCUGUUGAGUUUUGGCGCUGGAAUGGCAAUUAUAGUUUGGAGCAGCGACUGAACAUAUCCGCUGCUUCAAAAAUGGCAUUUGCUGCACAUGAGCAGCGCAACUACUUGGCCGUACUGGUAAGCGCUGGAGAUACAAGCAUUUUACAAUUUGAGCUGAAGCAAGUGCUGCACUUGGAGCUAAGUGAACAGCCGCCACAAUUUUGCUUUGCCAAGCUACAGAAGUCCAAGGAUCUGCUACUAUCGCUAAGCUAUGCCGAUCCUUCGAAAUCACUGAAUAUCUAUCAGCAUCAAGGCGUCGCGGGCUUUGUGCCCAUUCUGAGCUCUAACACACUGCAGAUUCUGCCGCUGAAGUUACAGUUAACAGCAACGCGUGACAAUGAGCUGGCACUGGUCAACGGCGAGGAUAUAUGUGUUGGUACCACAAUUCACAAAACUUUAGUGCACAUUGUUAAUAGUUUCUAAAUAAAAAUUACU